AGCAAUGACUACCGCAGACAUUCUAUUACACAUGAGCGGUUUCGAGUUACAUUAUGAUAGAAAUGCUGUUAUCAACUCAGGAAGACUGGAAAGAAUGGCUUCGCAUUUGUUGCAUCAAAAAAAUAUGUACCCAUUGUAUCCAGCUCACCAGGAUAUAUGUAUAGACUAUGUAUUAUUAGAACAACAUGGCAUUUUAAAUGCUAAACCGCAUAUACUAAUUUUGCCAUCAACAAUGAAAACUUUCGUUAAGGACAUUGAUGAUUGUUUGAUUAUUAAUCCUGAGAAGCUGACAAAAGGUUUUAAUGGAGGAACAUUUGCUAGAAUAGAAAUUGCGCCUGGAAGUAAUAAGUCCAUCUGCGAUAGAGCCAGUGUACAAAUUCUUAGAGUUUAAAAUGUUUUUAAUUGUAUUUUUAUUUAUAUAUUUUAAUAAAAGGACAUGUUUUCUUA